AUGUUCUGGAUCCUGAGGCGAACCGGCGCGGUCAACUUGUUCAACUCCAUCAACGGCAACGGUAACGCAGCCAAAACGGGGUCCAGCAACAGCAGUAACAACUCGGAAAGGAGUAACCCUCGUCCACCGCGCAAAGCCUACGGACGGCUGAGCGGUGAAUCCGAUGACGCUCAGUCGCUCCAACGCUCGCGGUACGAUGUGACGACACCUUCACCUGCCCAGGGCUACAGUGGCAAGCUGAUAGACUUCGCGGGCAACACGGCGGGACCACCCAUUGCUGGUCCGAACGGAUCAUCAUCCACCGGUUACAACUGCGGCGAGCAAGUGCACGGUAACGGGCCAUGCUGCAACGGGUACGGCUACACCACCAACAACAACAACAACAACAACAACAAUCACAACAGCAACAUGAUCAACAACAAUCACGAAAGCAACAAUCAAACGAACGGUAACGAUUGGCUCGAAGCAGUGGGUCCACAACCACUACCGAACGUGCCAGGUCCGUGCAUGUCGACCGGUAGCAUGGUAUUGGAUGACGGCCCGUUCGACGACACGGACGACGAAGAAGACGUGAACCGGAAUCACUCGAACUAUAACGAAACUGACUCGGAACUCGAACUGGACGGGAAGAUCAAAGAGCAGCGUUUGGAGGAGCAAGCCCUUGCCCGGCUGCACGCGAUUGCGCUGUCCGACGAUGAUGACUACGAUGAGUCACUGACCUGUAAUGUAUGCGAUCGGGCAUUCCGUUGCCGCCGUCAGUUGGCGUCCCAUCAGCAAAAGAAGCGUCACUUUGGUUGCAGUGGCUGCGAUAGCCUGUUUUCAUCGCUGAUGCUGCUGGAGCAUCACAAGGAAGAGUUCGAGCACUGGAGUGAUUACGAAGAUGACAGGCGGCUACCGUGUUGUCGACGCAACCGGCGCGAUGAGGAUGACUAUACCGAUACCGAAUCUGGCACCAGCGAUGCGGAGAGCGAAGAUCUGGAACGGUUGCUUUAAGCGGCGGAUACAGAGUCCUGCCCUCCCUCCCAACCCCCAGGACCUGAUGGCUAACGAAACGACGCUUGUUAGAGGAUUAGUUUUAUUACUUUUCAGCGGUGCAUGUAUGUGCGCGCUGUAUAUUUUGGAGAUUACUAUUGUAGCAAAACCCGGCGAUGUUUUCAUGAUUGUUGCCUCCUAUGUGUUACAAUGCUCGUUCAUAGAGAUUGCCCUUCAAUGUAUAUGUGUGAGUGUGUGUACUACCAACGAGACGGAAAAAGGUUGCAUUUGGACGAUUUGUUAGAGGCAAGCAACAGAAAGCGCUCCAAAGCACGCAUUAUUGUCUGAAGGAAUAUUUAAAACAAAUGCAUAGCAUCAAUCAAAUACCACCCACAGUAGAGAUCCCGGCUGCUAACUAAAGAUUGUAGCAUGAAAUAACACCCAUGGUUACAUGUAAUGUAUUCAUUGUUGAAUAUAUCGUCCCUAAGGCCAUCAUUUCCAUAGGAAACAUAAGAUCAGUAACUCAAUCAUUACGAGACUUUAGGGUGAUAGAUGUUGAAUAGGGUAAAACGCUUAUUAUGCCAUUAUAUAUUUGCGAUUACAUUCGGCGGUGCCAUGCUCUAUGCUCACUAAGCUUUUGAAGCUGGACUGCAAAUGCAACCUGUAACCUGUCCGGACAUGCAAUUACAAGCCACAUUAAGCGUUUCUCCAAUGUAGCAUUCCUGAAGCGCUUUCCCAUUACCAUUGUUUAUCGAAGUAAUUGUGCCAGAGAUCAGUGCAUACCUACUUGCAAGCAACUGUUGUUAUGAGAUGUAAUAAUGACCGUUUCACGCUUGUUUGUACUUGCGAAGGCAGCAAAUGAUAAAGCGAUGCAGUUUAGCAACAAACAAUGUGCGCAAAAACAAUCCUAAAUGCUAUCAUGUUAGAACAGUAACACAAAGAGAACGAUUUGUAAUCUAACCGAAGACAAUGUUAAACCAUAGUCCCAAUAUAUUUACUAGCAAUCUAGCGAACAAACAAACCAAAGGCACAUCUCCAUUUAUGUAAACACACUCAGUAUUGAUGAACGGAUGAAGGUGAAGAUACCGAAUCAAGCAAACUCAAUCGUCCCAUGGUAUCCGACCCUUGCAAGCAUAUAUUCACGAUGGCCGACUUUAAGGUGGAACCAAAUUCUAUUAAAAUAUUCAUAUCACAACACGUCUAACAGAGGCUGCAGGAUUUGAAAGGGAUAGACAUUUCAACGGUGACAAAAAUGGAAACGAGUAGCUUUCAACCUAUAUCACACGUGUACCACAAAUAAAGAAUAGUAGAAACCCGCAACAUAAAAUAAGGCAACAUGAAUUUAAAAAGGAAAACAACACAACUCCCUUACUAAAAACGGAUGUACUGGCAACAGCGGAGCUGUGUUUCUAUGGCUAAUAAUCAAGUAGCAUGAAUUACUACUGGCAUGUAAAACACGUAUAUUGAACCUUAAUGUUGUGAAUGACGAGUGUAAACAAAAAAAAAACCAAACACACAAAAUAAAUU